CUCGGUCAAUAAUUAUGUUAGAAUUUCGCUGUAAAUAAUAUGGCUGGUCUGUUAUUGUUCUUAUAGGUUAUGAAAAUUUUAAAGGAAGUAAUUAAAAGUUUUUUAAAAUUCUCGUAGUUUGGUGCGUUUUGAAGUGAUAUUUUUUGAAAAUUGCGCGUGUUAGUUAUCAUUUUUAAGUUGUAUAAUCGGCGUGAAAAUUGUACGGCCAACAAUCGCGUAGUGUUGUAGAUAUUUAAGAGGUCAACAUUUUCGCGUUUAUAAUGUUGAUUUAUUUAGUAUAAUUUCGAUAAUUAAACCAUCGUUGAUAGUAAUCGAGUUCGAAACAAACGUUGGUACGCUCACUGGAUGGGUUAUAAUUCGAACGAAUUCGAUCGGAGGUUUUGUAUGAUAAAAAACGUUAACAAUUAACAUGGUACAUGCUAAUUAUAAUUAUGGUAUUAAGGAUAUGGCAAAUUUAAAUUUUCAACAACCGCCCCGCAGUAUUACAAGUCAAACCUUGUCCAGAAACGCAUUUACUUCCUCUUCUUUAUCUGGUCAUGUUACUCCUACAUCAAAUAUGUUUCCAACGAAUUCCUUCACUCCACAGCAGUUAUCACCCAGUAGAAACAACGUACAACCAAUGGGUAGCAGAAAUUUAUUCAACCAGCAACGAUCAUUUUCGGAAAGAAGAUCAGUGCAGUCAGUCGGCUCAGUUAUCCAAGAUUGGAAUGCCAAUUCGGUUGGCGGUAUGGGAGGCAUGGGCCCGAAUAGAUCAUCAUAUGGUUCUCAAAAUUCUGUUAAUAGCUUGCAAUCCGUGUUCAACCCUACUAAUAGUAAUGGUUUGGUUAAUAGUAGUAAUAACUCACCUCCUUUACUUGAUUUAUCUGAAUUCCCAUCGCUUACCAGUCGAGGGCAGAACGACACGCUGCCGCAAGCGAACGCAACAAUGCCAGGAAAACAGCCUUACGUCGGCAUGGUGAAAGCUCCGACAUCCGAAUCAAGCGAGUUUACCAUGAGUAACGAAGACUUUCCAGCAUUACCGGGCACUCAGCCGACGAUAGUAUCAGAAAAUUCGUCCACCACCCCAUCGGCGUCGGUUUCUGGAAGUUCCUCAUCACUUAGUAGUGAUAAUAAACUUACGAACCACGAUAGCAAUUCCCAGUCAGAACAAGUUUUAUCUUCCAACAAUAGGAUAGGUAGCGUUUCUGCUGCUCCCGGUGCUGAGAAACAUCAACAGCAGCUGUUACAACAGCAUGGUUUGCAUCAAAGUAAAAAAGGCAUUCAAACGUUUCCCGAAGGUAAAGUCACAAAUAUUCCGCCAACAAUGGUUAAAGAUCAAUUCGGUAUGGUUGGGCUUCUAACAUUCAUCAGGGCAGCCGAAACGGAUCCAAAUCUUGUAUCGCUGGCUCUCGGUCAAGAUUUAACGACAUUGGGACUUAAUCUGAAUUCUCCAGACAAUUUAUAUCCUACGUUCGGCGGUCCAUGGUCAGAUGCGCCGUGCAGAUCGCAAGAUCUCGAUUACAACGUUCCACCCGAGUAUCUUGUUAACCAUGGCAUUAGGGAUAAGUUAGCACAAGUUAAACUAACGAGGUACAAAGAAGAUCUUUUGUUUUAUUUGUUUUAUAAUUAUACCGGAGAUGUAAUACAGCUUGUAGCUGCUUCUGAAUUGUAUAAUAGAGAAUGGCGAUAUCAUACGGAGGAGAAAGUUUGGAUUACACCGGCCCCCGGGUUAGGGGUCGUAGAGAAAACGUCUACGUACGAAAGGGGUACUUAUUAUUUCUUCGAUACGACCAGUUGGAGAAAAGUGGCGAAAGAAUUCCAUUUGGAAUACAGUAAAUUAGAAAACCGACCCACCGUACCUCCAACCGGAUACUCUUACGUAUGACCUUUGGCCUGCUGCUCCCCCUCCCCUCCUCUCGAUCCUUGUGCCCCAUUCUCCUCCCACUUAAUUUAUUAAGAUAUAAUUUUUUUGUACAAUAACGCGCGUGCGCGCUCGCUCGCCCUGUGUGGCCUCCCGGAGGCCUGUCUCAACGGUAUCUCAUUUAAUUAAUGAUUAAUAAUUUCAUGUCCAAAUUUGGUACAAAUGGUAAUUUGAUAGUUUUAAAAUUCUUUUUUAUAAUAAAAUUGUUAAGAAAAGAAAAAAAAAGUGAAAAAUAUGAACGACAAAAAACCUCGAAAGAACAGAAAAAUCAAUGUGAGACUUACCAUUCUUUCCUCUUUUUUUUAGGGUAUAUUAUUUGUUUUAUGUUAUUGUAAAAUUAAAAAUUAUAUUAUUAUGAUUAAUAACUGUUUUGUUAUUUUUUAUAACGCAGUUUUUCUACGUACAAUGUAUACAUACAUAUAUCGUUUUCUAUUUUUGUC